UUGCGUCUUACGUUCGGUUGCGCUACAGCGAGAACGCCCAACGUGUCAAUCGGUUCCGAAGAUCCCCAGCAACUCGCAACUCCUCGCUUGCAGUUGAUUAGUUUGUCCAGACUAUUUAUAUCCGCCGGUGUUUAGAUUCUUGCGCCCUAAGCUAUGGAUAACAUCAAAGACGGUUGGUUCACCGAAACAUGCACGUUAUGGCCCGGCCAAGCCAUGAGUCUUCAAGUGGAUGAAGUGUUGUAUCAUAAAAAAUCCAAGUACCAGGAUGUCAUGGUGUUUAAAAGCAAAACAUAUGGAAAUGUGUUGGUUUUGGAUGGGGUCAUCCAAUGCACAGAACGAGAUGAAUUUUCUUAUCAGGAAAUGAUUGCCAAUCUGCCUCUCUACUGCCACCCUUGCCCAAAGAAGGUUCUGAUCAUCGGUGGAGGAGAUGGAGGUGUCCUGAGGGAAGUGGUCAAGCAUCCCUUGGUGGAGUCUGUUGUCCAGUGUGAAAUCGAUGAGGAUGUGAUAAACGUCUCCAAAAAAUACCUCCCUGGAAUGGCAAAAGGAUUCUUCAGCCCGAAGCUCACUCUGAAUGUAGGUGAUGGAUUUGAGUUUAUGAAACAGAAUCAGGAUGCCUUUGACGUCAUCAUCACAGACUCUUCAGAUCCUGUCGGUCCGGCUGAAAGCUUAUUCAAAGAGUCGUACUAUCAGCUCAUGAAAACAGCACUUUGUGAAGGAGGAAUUCUUUGCUGUCAAGGAGAAUGUCAGUGGCUUCAUUUGGAACUGAUCAAAGAAAUGCGGACCUUCUGCAAGACGCUCUUUCCUGUAGUGGACUACGCGUAUUGCACUAUCCCAACCUACCCAAGUGGGCAAAUCGGCUUCAUGCUUUGCAGUAAAAAUCCGAAAACAAAUUUCCGUGAACCUGUACAAGAACUAACAAGGGAUGAGAUCGAGAGCAUGAACCUGAAAUAUUACAAUCCGGAAAUCCACCGUGCUGCAUUUAUCCUCCCAGAAUUUGCCAGGAAGGUUCUUAGUGAAGCAUAAAUGGCUUCAUGGUUGCCAUUUUGUAUCCCGCUGCCUUCUGUGAAAGCAGACUCCAAACUCUCACCACAGCUGCAGUACCUCCGGAUCACUUCUCGGCUUCUGAUUGGUUAAUGGACUUGAAAUGCUCUCUGUGGGGAAAUUCUCUGGAUCUCCCAUCAGUAUUUCUGUCAAGAGAGUUGGUCUCCUUUUACAAUAGCACUAAUGCCCACAUCAAACUUUAUGAACUAUUCAAAGAGACAAUCAUGCAUUUAUUAUCAUAGGUUCCUUAGUAUUUGUCUACCUUGUUACAGAAAUAUGGAGUAAUGUUUCACCCUUGCUCUCUUGCUAAACAUUACCUACUCAAUUUAAUAAACGGAUUUUAAGAAAUAAACUGACAGACUGUAAGCCAAGUAGGUUCUUGAAUGUCUGGUCUUACCUGUGCAUGUCUGCUUUGUAAACCCUUUAAAAAAUAUAUCAGGUUACUGAUUUUUGUACAUAUUUUGAGGUGUCAUUGUGGGUCAGUUUGUCAGCAGUAAACAACUAUCAAACCAUAACGAAAAACUAAUUGUUGCGUUUAUUUAGGUCUCAGAAACGUUUCAUUUAAAACAUGAAUAGGGAUUCUUUGAUGGGGAAAGUAGUGUGUGAUUUAUGGGGUCUUGCUCAGAUGAAUAGUUCUGUAAAUAAUUACAAGAAUCAUGUAUGCCUAUUGCCUAGUGUGAUUCCUGGAAAGCAAAGAAAUGUUUGUACGCAAGAUUUCUGAGUGACAUGCUUUACCAUCUAUUGCAAGUGUAUACUUAUAGUCAAUGGAAUAUGUAUGACAGAAAGUUUUGUGUGCAUUUUUAACAUUUCAUUUCAGUAUACUGGAAUUCUUUACGAUAUUGUCUUAACAUUGUUUAUUAAAAGUGCUAUACUAUAGGACACUAUGACUAACCGUGCAUAAAUGUCGAUAUCUUUCAACGCUGGUUGCAUAAGGCACACUGUUUUGGACUUGAUCAGUUUUACUGUACGGAAGGGUUUUUAGCAAUUUACCAUUUCAUGUUAUGAUGUAUAUUUCAUUUGGCGAAGUUCAUAAACUGUUUUGAAAUAAUAAAACUUGCCUCAA